AUGAGGCCUAUUCUUCUUCAAGGCCAUGAGCGGUCCUUGAACCAGAUCAAAUUCAACCGUGACGGCGAUCUUCUCUUCUCCGUCGCCAAGGAUAAAGUCGUCGGUGUCUGGUUUGCGGCCAACGGCGAGCGUCUUGGAACAUAUCAUGGACAUCAGGGUGCUAUCUGGACUGUCGAUGUCAGCCCGAACACAGUCCUUGCCGCCACCGGCUCAGCAGACAACUCUGUUCGGUUAUGGAAUGUGAAGACAGGCGAGUGCGUCAAAGUAUGGGAGUUCCCGACAGCUGUGAAACGAGUCGAAUUCAGUCCCGAUGGAAGUCGGCUUCUGGCCGUGACGGAGAAGCGCAUGGGUUUCUUGGGUACGAUUGUUGUCUACGAUGUUCAGUACGGAGAUGGCGAGGGAAACAACUUGAACGAGCAGACCGACGAGCCAAGCUUGAAGAUUACUUGUGAGGAAAGCAAGGCUACUGUUGCCGGAUGGAGCUAUCUCAGCAAGUACAUCAUUGCCGGACACGAGGAUGGCAGCGUCAGCCAAUACGAUGCCAAGUCUGGCGAACAACUCGAAAACGUCCAGGCCCACGAGUUCGACCUGCAGAUCACCGACAUUCAAUUCUCCUCAGACCGCACAUACUUCAUUACCGCAUCAAAAGACAAAUCAGCCAAGAUUAUUUCCUCGCGAAACCUUGCCGUUCUCAAAACAUUUCCUGCCGACACUCCCCUGAACACAGCUGCCAUCACCCCUAAGAAGGACUACGUUAUCCUCGGUGGUGGACAGGCCGCCAUGGAGGUCACAACCACAUCAGCGCGUCAAGGAAAGUUCGAAGCUCGCUUCUACCACAAAAUCUUCGAAGAUGAGAUUGGCCGUGUCAGGGGCCACUUCGGUCCUUUAAACACCAUUGCCGUUCACCCGGCCGGUACAUCUUAUGCCUCUGGCGGAGAGGAUGGUUAUGUUCGUGUUCACCACUUUGAUAAGCCCUACUUCGACUUUAUGUACGAGGUCGAGCGGGAGCAGUUGAGGCGGUAA